AUGCAGUAUCCACUGACACUCAGAUAUACGAAGACGCUGUACAAUUCAGAUGCGUAUGCAGCCUUCAUCACUCACAUGUCAAUACGAAAACCUCGCACUGCAACACGCGGACCAUGCCAGCUUACGACAGAUCUCAUUGGAGCCAUUCCCACUUGCCAUUGGACACGUGCCAAGCUGUCAACACAUUCAUCAUGCGCUGAAAGCAUGCGCGAGUGGCAGAACAAGUCGAUGAAGGCACCAGCCUUCCUAGUCCAACCCCAUCGAUCUUUUCGAGCUGUGAGGCUCGCACGCAUCAUCGACUUCUCGGAUUCCCUCGGGCACGGCUACAGCGUCUAA